AUGGACAACCCUCCCGCCGCUUCCUCCACCAGAGCCGAUGAUGCCAUCUUAAGCACCCUGAAGCCACAUCACUCGGUAGAUAUCGAGUUUCCUUGCAGAGAGCUUCUUCAAGAUGGCGAAGGCAUGAUCUUGCCUCAUCCUUGGGACAUCGAGGAGAGACAUCAGCCUUUCCCACUCGCCCCGGAUGACACUAUCGAGCAGAGAUGGCCCUGGCUGAACGUCUUUGACACUAGACGUGCCUCAUACUACCCUGUUGAGGCUGUCUUUGAUCCCGAGCUCUUCUCAGAAGAUGACGAUGAGUUGAGAGCAACAGAUGACCUUGCUGCUGACAUGGCAAGACUCAUCAAUAAAUUCGAGGGCAGUACAACUCUCGAGCUGCUCACUUACGUCCCACUCAAUCUCAAUGAGGACGAUGCCCCGAAGUGCGAGUAUGAUAUUCGAGUUCGCAUUCGUCGCACCACGCUUCUGGAUGGCGAGGACGCCCAAGCUGACGAACUCCAACCCGCGAUCUACGAGUCGACCGUCAGAGAUUGGAGGAGCAUGAUGAGGUCCGACGCUGUCGUUCACGCUUGGCAGGACGACAUCGUUCAUCUAAUGCACCAAGAUUUGGACCAAGAUGUCCGACACGUGCAGCUCAAGAUGGAGGAUUCCGGCCUGGACUACGAAGACUGGGUCAACUGCGACCUCUGGCAGAAACCACGACAGAUGCCCAUCGAUCAAGGCAUAGCCAAGAUUACUACUACCUUGACUAAGCCUGAGCUGGACCAGUUCAACGAGACUCUCGCCGAUGACGACAAAUUGCUCCAAUGCCCAUCUUGCCUGGAGGACUACGAUGAGAGCACUACAAACACAGCCGUACUACUCCCCUGCUCGAAGAAACACUGCCUCUGCUUGACCUGCCUCAAGCAGUGGUGCAUCCAGAACGGACUUGACAAGGUGAGCUGCCCCUACUGCCGCCAGCGCUUGACGCCACCAGAAAUGGCGCAGCAGGUGAAGCCAAACUACCUGGACAUUGACGGUCAAUUCGAGCAAGACUCCCGUUUCACAGACUACGAGAACGCCGAGCGCUCAUACGCCCCACUCGACCGCGUGGCUUCUUCAGAGGAUGACACCCUGACUGUGGUCGACCAAGACGUCUUGAUCGAGGCCUGGAACAAGAUCGUACCUAACGGGUACGACGACUACACCCCUGAGCGCUUGACUCCCGUGAAAGCGCCUGAGGCAUGGUUCUUCUUCCGAAGCUUCCUCCAAACCGUCAGACAACAGCACGGCAAGACGCUCCAAGCAAAGAAGCUCUACCGCACCCUCCGCCGCAACACGUUCGAAGCUUUGAGGGCAGAGUUCGUCGCCAAUGGCAAGGACAAGUUCCUCUGUGCGCAGAGCAAGGCAAUCAUCGAUGAGAACGCUGCUAGGACGCCAAUGCGCUUCGACAUCCGUCCGUUCGUGGAUAAGUCGCUCAACCGCAUCGUCCAGCUGUCGAUCAAGAGCGGCACUCUCAAUGCCUCGCGGACUGAGUCUGACUAG